AUGUCUUCCAAAUUUUGAGUUAUCUAUCUGCAAGCUCUACAAAUUAUCAAUAAAAAUGAAUGACGAAAUCGUGGAACCGGCUACACGGGCAGUACUGACCCUGGCGGCUACCCUGUUGCUGCAACAAACGAAUGAAACGGAAGACCUGCAUGAAAUUUUGCAGAGAACAAGCAACUCGCUGGUUGAUGGAGGUUGUGAUGUUUCCUGGGAUCGAACGGGAGGUGAAUCGUCCUAUAAAGCAGCAAGACCAGCUCCAGCCAAAUUUGCAAUAUAUCAAGACGAUGAGAAAGAAGGCUCCAGACCACGAUUUCGAACUCCAGCGAGACCGCCAAUGCAAGCCCAUGCCGGUUCACCAGUAGCCGAUCGGUCUCACAAAAUUCUCCGAUAUACCGGUAGUUCACCGCAACCUGACGAAGUCCGUCGUAGACGACCCUUGGCUGCGUUGUAUGAGGCUAAACCAGGGAAAUAUAGAAGUUUUUUGACAGUAGAUGCCGGCCCAGCGGAAGGAUAUGACGAUACAACUAUAUCCUUUCGUAAUGUACAGUCGAGCACGAUGAAUCGUCCGAUGUCCUUUGAAGAAGGCAUUUCUCAAGGGGCUGACGGAUCAAUUGAUCAGAUCGAAUCGUCCUAUCGAUUGGUACGUCCUUCUAUGCCCAUACGUCGACGUGGUCAACCGGACACUCCUGAUAUGAAUCGCUCAUAUUUUGCACCGGCACCAACAUCGGUACUAGAAACACCCCUUUCUACUCGCGGGCGAACCAGGACACCGCUUGGAAUUCGUCGUAAGCAACAUCUGAAAAAAAUUCUGAACAAUCAACCGAGCACCAAAUUUGCGAUAUAUCAAGAUGAUGGCGAGGAAGAAUCCUUUAGAAUAGCCCGUCCCUCAAGACCUCCAGUUUUUGAUGAUAAUACCGCCAGAUUGAACCUGGAUCAAUCGUACGUGCCGUCGCAUUUUGCGAAAAGCUCAUACGUCACUCCACCAAUUCCUUCUGCAAGAACAGCUCAAGGUGGAUCGACCGGUCAGGGCGAUAAGUCAUUCCGAUUGGCACGUCCUGCUAGGCCAUUACGACGCCGUGGUCAGCCAGACACUCCCGAUGUGGAUCGUUCGUAUUUUGAACCCAUACGUACUUCGGUACCAGGAACACCACGUUCUGCUCUAGGCCGAAUAGCGACACCACUUGCAAUUCCUCGCAAGCAACAUCCUAAAAAGAGGAUGAGCGUAGAACAAAGAAUAGCCGAUGACCAACAGAGAGUUAAAUUUACGAUAUAUCAGGACAAUGAAGAAGAUUCGUCUUUCCGAAUAGCCCGUCCCGCUAGACCACUUGUUUGCGACGAAAAUGCCGUUAACCUUGAUAGAUCGUUCGUACCUGCACAUUUCGCGCAGGACUCAUACGUUACUCCAAAAAAAGCACCAAUAUCUUCUAGAACACCCGUUCGAGCAACUCCAACACAUGCCUCUCGUUUUAGAGCCCCGUUGGCUACGAUUCGAGAAGAUGAACAUUCCGGUAGAUCGAUCCUUGAUCAGUCGGCCUCGAUUGAUGAGUCCUUCCGCUUGGCACGUCCUUCUGUGCCAGUACGGCGACGUGGUCAGCCGGAUACUCCUGACGUGGAUCGUUCAUAUUUUUCACCUGCGACCACUUCGUUGCCUGGAACACCAAAAACUGCUCGAGGGCGAACAAGGACACCACUUGGAGUUCGUCGCAAGCAGCAUCUAAGGAAGAUUCUGGACGAUGAACAGAGAAUUAUGAGCAAUCAACCGAACGCCCAGUUUGUGAUAUAUCAAGACCGAGAUCCGGAUGAAUCCUUCCAAAUAGCCCGUCCUUCAAAGCCGCUUGUUUUUGAUGAAAAUCGUAUUGCAUCAAACCUAGAUCGAUCGUUCGUGCCGACACAUUUUGCGAAGGACUCAUACGUCACUCCUACGAAACAAAUCAGUCCAAAGCAUCGGUCACACGUUCCGUUACAAACGAUUCGAGAAGAUUCCAGAAGUUUUGCACCACCAACGCAUUCCACACCUACGGUAUCACCAAUAAGAACCCCAGCGGUGGAGAAUAUUGAAGCAGUACCAUUUCCGGAUGCGACUCUACUUUCAUUUGCACCAUCACCAGACGGGAUCACUCACCGCUCGACUCGAUCUAAUCCACAAAUUGUGAUCGAUAGUCCCUAUGUUCAUGAUCCAUCUUUUCAAGGUUUACGCUCAAGCACAAUGUAUCGAAGUCGGUUGCAACCUUUGAGAUUUCCAGUUCACCGCCGACAAGAACCAGUGGCAGAUCCCAGAUAUCUCUCUGUCCGGAAUGAAUCGCGAAUCCAUGACGGCAUUGUGCAUGAUCCAUCCUUGCUAGAAUCCGUGGAUGAUAGUCUGCUGAAUCAGAGUCUGAUGCCAUCCUUCCAGGGACUGAAUGAAUGGAGUAGAUCGGAAGCGGAAUCGGGUUUCGCAUCCGGCCCGAGUGAAGUGGAGGAAGAGGAAGCAGUUGGACAUGAUGUAUCCUUUUUCGGUGUACCGGCAAGUACGAUGGAUCAGAGUAGGAUCAAUCGAAGCGUGAUGCCAGCCUACAGAGAACGGCAGGAACGAAGCAGUUUAGAACACGAAUCGGGUUUCAUUUCUGACCGGAGUCGGAUGGAAACUUUUGAAGACAUUGAAGCGGAAUUGCCUCCUCCGGAUCUCGACGCAACGGUAUUCAGUAUACCGGACGCUUCAACGGACAAUGAUGAAACUGUCAGCGAACUGCUCGAUAGAAUUGCGCGUGAAGUGAGAGAAAUGCGAGGCGAUCGAAUCGGGAUCCUGAGAAGGGACUCGGACGACUACGAUUUCUCGACGGGGGAGAUGCAACCGUUACGUCAAAAACACCUGUAAUUAAUCUAUUUUGGAAUUGAGCCAGCGCAGAUUAAAUUUUUAGUCAAUGACAACCGAGAAUGUAACCUCAACUCACUUAUCCGAUGUGCUCAACAAACCAUAAUAAAACACUAAAACUAAGGUUUAU